AUGACGGGACAAGAGGCCAAUCCGUUGACGUCUUGGAUUUCCUCCUGGGUGGGAAGCUCUGCAUCUUCAGCAUCCAAACUUCCAGAUGGAAAGGUGGAGGAUGAAGACAAGUGGGAGCGUGAACGAGCUUUCGACAUCGCUGACAGUCUGGAAAACGGCUUGGCGCGGGAGAUUGUCACGGAGUUCAUGCAUCCCCUCCGAAGAGCUAGCAAGCUCUGGAAAUUCCACGUCAUCCGAUCCGAGGUCCGGCUAGGUGCUGUCAUCUCAUGCACACCUCAGAAUCUCAUAGACUCAAUCACAAUCAAUCCGACAGGGAAGUUUAGAUUUUCCGUGACCAUGACGGCAGAUACCAAAAUAUUCGUCAAGAACUUGCCUUCUGACAUCAAAGAGAAGGAGGUGAAAUACAUCUUCAGCAAGUAUGGAGUCGUGCAAGCCGCUGAUGUGAUAAUGUGGCCAGGGACGCCAACGCUGUGUCCGAACGGGAACUUGGCAUCAGUGGAGACGCCGCUUUCCACCCGCCAGAAGGUGGAGUGGCAGGCUUGUGCGUUCAUCACGUACAGCAAGGCAGAAGCUGCCGGGACGGCGGUGAAAGCAUUGAAUGGUGUGUAUCGUCCACGCAGUUCAUCGCCAGAGCCACUAGCUGUCAUGCUUGCUCGGCCCGGAGCGCUUCCGGACCCAGUGCAGUCAGGCUUGCCUGCACCACAAGAUGAGCAAGUCGCGGUGAUUGCUAACGUGGACAAGGUCGGGAGCAAUUUCUCCUCAAGCUUGCCUGCAGCAGCAACUGCCACGGCCUCUUAUGUCGCGGAGAAGACUCGAUGUAAACUGUUCGUUGGCAAUCUCCACUCCGAGAUUCCGCGAGAAAGGUUGAGCCAAGUCUUCGGAGAGUGGGGUAGGGUCGUGAAUGUGCAUGUCAUGACCGGGAAGUCCAAGUUCGGCAGUGCGUGUGCGUUUGUGGAAAUGGCCACACCUGCCGAGGCCGAAAUUGCCUUGAAGGCACUUCACCAAAAGUACGAGCCGAGGAUCGGAUCUAUGACUGCUCCGGUUACAGUGACGUACUUCCAGUCUCAAAGCAGUGGCAAGGCAGCACAAGCCCUGGGCUCAUCAGCUGUGCCGGGUUUCUCGCAAGCUGGUGGGUUUUCGAGAUACACGCCGUACCAAGUCUAG